AUGGCGUCGUCCCUCGCCGCACAGCUCGCCAAUGUGCGCUCCUACAACGCCGACCGCCUCUCGGCAUCCUCGGCCAUCGCCUCCAAGGUAUCCUACCUCUUCCCGCCAAAGACGGCCGUACAGCAGGACCUCUUCACCCUCCACGCCCUCGCCACCAGCGGUUGGAACGAGCUAUGCUCCCAGGACGCCGCCUUUGCCUCCUGGCGCAGCGCAAACCUCCUCUUUGGCGAAGAGAGCAGGCAGCGCGACCGCCUCAUGCUCGACCAGCAAGAGAACAACGACAUCGACGCCGCCGUCGGCCACUUCCUCCAGCUCGCCGGACCCGUCCUCCUCUCAAAGGCGGCCUCAAAGUGCAUCGAGUGGCUCGUACGCCGCUUCCGCGUACACGAGUUCAGCGUAGACGACCUCCUCGCCGCCUUCCUCCCCUACCACCAGACGCCGCAGUUCGCCCGCAUCCUCAGCAUCUCCAAGAUCGACGGCAAGCCCCACCUCCAGUUCCUCCUCGCCGUCAAAAAGUCAAACGCCCCUCUCCCCGCAUCGGCGCUCCAGGCGGCCCUCCUCGCCCCCCACCAGACCACCGCCAGCCUCGACCUGCUUCGCUGGGUGGCUGGCCUCGUACACCCCUCGGACCGGGCACCCGCUGCUUCCUCGUCAUCGUCCUCGUCGUCGUCCAAGCUCGCCUCUGCUGCCGCCGCGUCUGCCGCCCAGCCGCACCGCAUCCUCGUCAGCUUCUGGACCUCGACGCUCGUCCAGAUGUGCGCCAGGUGGGCAGGACAGCAGCAGAGCGGCCAGCUCGGCGCCGGCGGCCUCUCGCGCUCGACGGCCAACAAGAAAAAGUCGGCGCGCGCAAAGCAGGCAGACGCCCAGUCGAUCCUCACCGUCCUCCUGCCCGCAGCCGUCCAGGUGGCCAGCAGCGCCCAGCUCGGACUCGACGCCCAGGUCGGAGGCUACAUGCUCCUCUGCUCGAUCGCCGCCGCCUUCCCGCUCAGCCGGCAGGCGGUGCAGGGCAUCUUUGGCAGCCUCGCAAAGGGUCUCCACAGCGCUCGGGGCGACCGCCAGCCGCACCCGACCCUGACGCGCGCCAUGCUCGCCGCCAGCUACGCCCUCUGCGCCAGCCCAGACGACGUCGAGGACCCGCUGACGCUGCGCUCCCAGGCCGCCGACCGCCUGGUGCCGGACAGCAUCGCCCGCGCCCUCCUCCUCGCGCUCCAGACCACCUCGGACGCCAUCGUCGCCAAGGUUCUCGCCAUCCUUCUCGAGCUGCCCCUUGCCUCGACGGCCAACGGCGGCGGUGGCGGCGCCGACGACGAUGACGACGACGCGGCAGCCGGCCUCGCCUUCGUCCGCCACCUCCACGAAGAGCUGCUGCCUGCCGCCCGUACCCACCGCGUCAAGGUGCUCGCCGCUCUCCGACAGCGCCGCCCCGCCGUGUUUGACGCCGCGGUCAAGACGUCCACCGCCGACGAGUCCCAUGGCAGCAAGAGGCUCACGGCCGUCUGGCAGGUGGUGCAGUCCGUCAUGAGCGUCGAGGCGGGCACCUCGCCCGAGGACGCCGCCAACGGCCAGACCGGCGCCGGCGACGCGUCCGACACCAACGUCCUCUGGCUCGCCAUCCACAGCGCCGACGCCGGCCAGCGCAACCUCGCCCUCGGCCAGCUGCUCGACGACGUCGCCGCCGGCAAGGUGUCGGCCACGGACACCAUGGUCCGCGAUGCGCUCCAGUCGCGCAUCCAGGACUCGUCGGACGAGGUGCUCGAGACGCUCUACUCGAAGCCGCAGAGCCUGCUCGACGCCGUCGACGGCACGACGCUGCUCGAGGCCAUCGUGCAGGCGCUCGACAACGGCAACGGCAGCGGCGACCUCGCGCACCACCUCCGCUUCCUCCUGGCCCACUUCCUCGGCGCCCACCCGGAGCUGGCCGGCCAGGUCAUCCAGAACGCCGUCUGGCCCCGGCUGCUGUGGACCUCGGCCGGGCGCACGGCCGCCCAGACGGCGGUCAAGGUCAUCGCCGAGGUCGCGCUCGACGACUCCACGCUCGCCGGCGCCCUGCUGGCGGGCGCUGCGCGAGCCGGCCGGAGCGCGGCUUCGAUCGAGCCCGCCGAGGCCAACGAGCUGGUCGUCGCGCAGCUGGCGUCGCAGAUCGUCGCCAUCCAGGACGAAAAGCAGAGGCAGACUUGGAUCAACUUCCUCUUUGCGCAGGCCUCGGUCGCCACCGGCCCCGAUGUCGAUGCCGUUGCCGCGCUCCGGCGCCGCCCUUCGCAGCUGCUGGCGUCGCUGGUGCUGAUCCGCAUCCUCAGCCUCGUCGAUGAGAAUCGCUUCCAGCGCCUGGCCAGCCGCGCCGUCACCCACAUCGCCAACCCGGUGCUGGCGGUGCCCGAAGCCGGCGGCGGCAGCAGCAAGACCAAGAAGACGGGCGACGAAGCCGAGGCCAGCGACGCGGCGGCGGCGACCCCGGCGUCCUCGUCGGCCGCCGCCAGCCGCGGGAGCGUCAGUGCCGACCUGCACGCCGCCGUCUACCGGGCCACGCUCGCGCCGCAGACGAUGCGCAAGCUGGCAGGCGAGCUGCUGCAGCAGGUCGUGCUGGGCCUGCGCGUGCCCAAGCUGUCGGCCAUCCUCCCGGCCAAGGACACGACGGCCGUCGGCCUGCUCUCGUCGCUCUAUGCCACCGCCAACACGCCGUCGACGGGCGCCGCGCUGUCCAAGCUGCUGCUGCAGACGCUCUUUGUGCGCCUGCGCGACUCGGUGCUGCCGUUCCUCGCCAACGUCUGGACCCACGCGUCGACGGCCAGCGUCACGGUGCGGUUGGCGGCGCUGCGGCAUGCCAGCGCCUACCUCCAGGCGUUUGCCGCCGAGGGCAUGGCGCGCGACUUCCAGGUCAUUGUGCCGGCGCUGCUGAUCGCGCUGGCCGACACGGAGGCGUCGAUCCGCAUGGCGGCGCUCGCCUGCCUCGAAGACGUGCUGGCGAUCGCGUCGGCCUCGUCGCCGUCGUCGACCAAGAAGCAGGUCGAGGUGUUCGGCUACGACGCCAUCUACGGCGAGGGCGCGUCCAAGGACCUGCAGUACCUCGACGCGGCCUCGCUGGUCCGCUACCUGGGCGAGCUGCUGGCGCGCAAGACGGCCUACCGCAACGAUGCCCACUUCCUGCCGCAGCUCCACCGCGACCUGCUCAACGUCCACCGGCAGGACGGCCGCAAGGACGUCAACUACAAGAACUCGAUCCUCUGCUUCCUCUGCUCGCACGUCGCCUGCUGGCCCGACGCCGCGCUCCGCCUGGCGCUGCUCGAGACGCUGCAGGGCGUCAGCGACGCCUCGAAGCUGACGACGCUGCUGCCGCUGGUGCGCGCGCUCGUCCGCAACCAGAGAGGCGCCACCGCCGGCCUCGUCGACACCGCCGUCGCGUCGGCCGCGUCGGCGCGCCGCCGGUACGCCGAGCUGCUGUUUGGCUGCUACGACAAGUCGUGCCGAUCGGUGCUCGAGGACGCGUCCAACGGCAGCUGGGCCCUCUUCCUCGACGCCCUCGCCGGCGGCAGCGACGGCAGUGACGUCCAGACGCCCGCCGCUCAGGCGUGCCUGCGCGACCUCGACGUCGACGCCGCCAUCCUGGUUUCGGUGCUGGCCGAGCUGCGCGACACGCUGACGGCCAAGGCGCUCGAGGCGCCCGAGGCCAAGCGCGCGCGCACCUCGCUCGGCGCCGACGAGACGGUGCGCCGCGCCGCCGCCGUGCUCGUGGUGCUGCUCGAGGCGGCGUCGGGCAAGCGGCUGGCGCGCUCGGCCGCGCUCGUGUCGGAGCUGUUCGAGGUGCUCCGCGUCGCCGUCGAGCUCCACGCCAGCCUCGCCGUCAACGCCGAGUACCUGCUGCAGCUCGCCAUGUCGUGCCUGGCCAACCUCGUCGCCGGCCUCGACGCCGACUCGGCGCCCGCCGACAUUGUGCAGAGCCUGCGCGCCGACACCAUCGUCGGCGCCAUCAAGGCGUCGCACAACCCGCAGACGUUCCAGCACGCGCUGCUCCUCCUCUCGCGCGUCGCCACCAUUGCGCCCGAGCCCGUGCUGCACAACGUCAUGCCCAUCUUUACGUUUGUCGGAUCCACGGUGCUUCAGCGCGACGACGCCUUCAGCUACACGGUGGUCGAAAAGACGCUCAAGAGCAUCGUCCCCGCGCUCGUCGCCUCGCUCAAGCGUCGCCAGGCGGCCGUGGGCGGAGCCGACAUCGACGUCGACGUCGAGGCAGGCGCGGGCGAUGCCGAGGCGCAGGCGCAGCGCCACUUUGCGCUGCUGCGCGACGCGCGCGGCUUUGUCCGCGUCUUCACCGACGCCGCCCACUAUGUGCCCAAGCACCGCCGACAGGUCUUCUUCAAGCUGCUCGUCGAGAUCCUGGGCGCCGACGACUUUGGCGCCGCCGUCUGCAUGCUCCUCGUCGACCGCUCCGCCUUCAAGAUCGCCAAGCAGCCGCGCCAGGACGUCGAGCAGACGAUGCAGCUGCCGCUCGCCGUGAUCCAGGCCCAGCCGGUGCUGGUCCAGCUGCAGGCGCUCAACCAGAUCUGGCGCGAGGUGGCCCGGAUUUGGACCCACCGCCUCGAGGCCGACCCCGAGGCGCUCGGCGAGCACGUCUUCCUCGACCGCGCCGGCCGCACCGACAAGGAGCACAUCGACCGGCACGCCGAGCCCAUCCGCCAGAUCCAGGCGCUGGUCCUCUUUGUCCGGCAGGUGCUCGACUCGCGCGUGUUUUCGGCCCAGUCGGCCUCGCUCAGCGGCGCCGAAGCCGCCCGUGCCGCCGGCGUCCGCUUCGAGGACUUUGUGCGCUCCGCCGUCGCCGCGGCCGACCCGCACUCGCUCGACAACGCCGCCAUCAACUCGGUGGCCCGCGAGGCGCUCCAUGCGGCGAUGCCGUACGUGCCCAUCGUCAACGUGAUGAACGUCGUCGCCUUGCUCAUCAAGGCGGGCGACGGCCAGGAGGGCACCGCGGCGGCAGUGGCGGCCAGCCGGGCCAGCGGCUUUGCGCUCCUCGCCUCGCGCAUGGCCGCGCUCGGCGCCGACUCCGACGACCGCAAGGCCGUCUCGGCCUACACGUCGGACGUGGUGGCCGCCGCCCUCGACGUGCUUCGCACCGCCGGCGUCUCGGAUGCGCUGCGCCAGGCCGCGCUCGACGCCAUCAAGGCCAUCAGCGCCUCGGCGCUGGUCUCGGAGCACGGCGCGCUCGCCUCGACGCUGCCGGACCUGGUCUCGGUGGGACGGUCGACCGACGGCGUUCCUGCCCCGGCGCGCAUCACCGUGUUCUCCAUCACGCGGCGACUGGCCGACCGGCUUGGCCCGCGCCUCAUCCCGCACCUGGCCAAGCUGGUGCCGUUCUGCCUCUCGACGGUGGCUGCGUCGGUUUCUGCUGCCGCUGCUGCCUCGGCCGACGCUGCCGAUACCGACACCGGCUCCGCCGCCGCGACCUCGAUCUCGACGGGCAGCGGCCAGGCGGCGUCGCUGCGCACGGGCGCGCUCGACACGCUGACGGGCCUGUUUGGCAGCGUGCCCACGUUUAUGACGGGCUACGUGUCGGACAUUGUGCGCGCCUCGAUCUCGCCCGAGCUCAAGGAGGCCAUGGCGAGCCAGAGCGGCUCCAGCACGGCGAGCGAGCGCUCGCUCAACGCGCUCCUCUCGGCGCUCAUCAAGCGCACGCCCGCCCAGAGCCUGUUUGACGCCGUCUUCAAGAUCUGGGAACAGACCCUCGCCGGCGACGGCGACGCUACGACCAAGUCGGUGCGGCUGGUGGCGCUGUUCGACUUCCUCAGCCGGGCGCUGCGCCAGACGGACCGGGCGGCCGUGUCGCAGACGUACAAGUCCGUCUUCCGCUUCAUGCUGCGCGCGUUUGACCUGCGCCGCCUGCAGAAGGCGGUCCGGGCUGGCGCUGGUGGCGUGGACGACGCCGCCGCGGCCGCCGCCGCCGACGUCGAUGUGGGUGCGAUCGAGGAGCACGCGAUCCAGGCGCUGCUGCGGAUGGUGCUCAAGCUCAACGAGAGCAGCUUCCGGCCGCUGUUCCUGCGCCUGUUUGACUGGGCGGUGCUGGACCUGGUCGACGACGAUACGGCGCCGGGCGACGCGGCGCUGCUGGCGCGGCAGGUGGUGCUGUACAAGACGUUCAACGCGCUGUCGGACCAGCUGCGCGGGCUGGUGUCGGGCUACUAUUCGGUGCUGCUCGACCACUCGGUCGAGAUGCUGCAGCACUUUGGCCGCGGCCGCAUCGGAGGCGGUGCCGGUGGCAGGCCGCGCGGCGAGGGCGACGAUGCGCGUGCGCUGUGGACGGCGCUGGUGCUGUCGGUGCAGAAGAGCGCGCGGUACGACGAGGGAUCGUUCUGGACGGCGUCGCGGGCGCAAAAGGUGAUUCCGGCGCUGCUGUCGCAGGCGUCGCUGGUCGAUGGGCCGAGCGCGGGCUCGGGCCGGAAGCGCGGCGGUGGCGGUGGCGGUGGCGCGACCGGCGCCGCUUCGACGUCGCUGACGCUGCAGCUGCCGCUGGAUACGGUGUCGUCGAUGCUCGUCAAGACGACGGUGGCGGUAGCGCACGCCGUCCCCGUCGAAGCGGUGCUCAAGACGCUCAACGGCGCGCUGCUGUCGCAGUCGUCGUCGCGGUCGUCGCUGGGCGUGCGCACCGUGGCGCUGCGCGUGCUGACGGCCGGCGAGGCGAUGCUGGGCCUGGUGCCCGAGACGGUGGCCCAGGUCUCGGAGCUCCUCGACGACGACGAACGCGCCAUUGCCCACGAGGCCGGCGCGUUCCGCCGUGCCAUUGAGGCGGCGCUGGGCGAGAGCCUGGAUGCGUACCUGACCUAG